UUCCCACACCCCCGCCCCACGCCAAGUCCAAACCUCGUGAGACAAAAGCUUUAUUUAUUGGGCUAGCUGACUGGCUCGAGCCGAAGCAAAAGGAAAACGGCCAUUCCCGUUCUUCUUCUUGGUUUUCUUUUUCUUGUAUUUCAUUGUUAAUUGAUAGUUCACUGCAAAAUCAUCUACAACCGGCUCCUCCCAGGGAAAAAAAAUAUUUCCACCCAAUUUCGAAGCAUAAAUUUUGUAAGGGAAGAGUAUUAGAAGUGAAGAAGUAAACAAGAAAAAACGGUUCUUUAUCUGGUUUUGCUGGAUUGAACACGGUUGUAGUGUAAUUGGCAUGUUCUUGAAAUUGCCCAUUACAUGUUCGAUGAAAUGCUUUAAUGGGUUGAUCGCAUCAUAAGAAGAAUACAGACUUGGAAAAAAAUUGCUAGUAUACAGAUUUUAAAAAGGGUCUGUGGAAUUUGUUAGUUUUGUGGGGGUGGAGAGAAACACAAUGGAGAACAGCAAAGAAGAGACUCAGCAGCAUGUGUUUCUUGAUCGUACCUCUCGGGUAACCAGAGGGAAACGCAUGACAAAGUUGCUUGAUGAGGAGAAUGAAGAGGAUGAGACCUUCUGGAAUCAAGAUGCUCUCAAAGAGGAAGAGAAUGAUGUAGAAUAUAAAGAAGAAGCAGACGUUGCUGAUGUCUUUGACAGCGAUUUUGAUGAAGAUGAACCUGAUGCAGACGAAGAAGCGGAAAAUGAACCAGACGAGAGGAGGACCAAAAAGCGAUUAAUAUUUCCAGGAAAACCAUCAACAAAGAAGAAAAAGAAAGUACUGUCUAAGAUAGAAACAUCACCACAAAAUGACAAAACCCUGGAGCAGUCCACACCUUCUGAACAUCAUGAUGUUCCCGAUGAUGUUGAAGGAGAGCGAAUAAUUAGGAAAUCAACUAGAACUUCUGUGAUUGUUAGGCAAGCUGAAAGGGAUGCAAUACGUGCAGCACUGCAAGCUACGAUGAAGCCAAUAAAAAGGAAAAAGGAAGGUGAGGAGAAGAGGAUGACCCAAGAAGAGAUGCUUCUAGAAGCAGCUCAAACAGAAAUUAUGAAUUUGAGAAACUUGGAACGGGUGUUAGCAAGAGAGGAAGAAGUUAAGAAAAGGGCCGUAGUGCACAAAGCAGUUUACAGUGGCCCCCAGAUACGAUAUCUUUCUAGAAAUGGUUAUUCUUAUCUGGAAUUUGUCAAUGGAGCAUCAUUUGGUUCAGAGGUCUUGACAAAAGCUACUCCAUAUCCACAGAAGGCUUUGUGUGCUGUUACCGGUCUGCCUGCAAACUACCGCGAUCCAAUGACUGGAUUACCUUAUGCAACAAAAGAAGCAUUCAAGAUCAUCCGUGAAAGAUUUGCAGAAGAAAGUAGCAUUGUUAAUAAAGAAAGCGGUAUGGGGCUACUGUCUGAUGCAACAUUUGGGCAAGGAUUCUCUCAAAAGAGAAAGAGGUCGAUAAUUCCGCGUAAUAGGGAUACAUCUUACUUUGAACGCUUAGCAUGUUUCCGAAGAGUUCCUGCUUUUGAAAUAGAAGACUCAGAGUAACUGCCACAUUGCUAUUAGUUUUUUUCAUGAUAGUGUUACAUCUUUAGCAAAUCACUGUCUAAAGUUGAGAUCAUUAUUUAUGUUUGUGAGGAGAAUGGUAUUUCAGUUCGGACAUGUUUUGGAAAUUGGCUGGUCAAUUUAGAUGUAUGUGAUAUGCUA